AUGAUGUGCAUUGGGUUGGGGAAACUAGUGGACACUGGUUGUCAGAUCUCAAGGCUUAACGUGGUGUUGGGUCGUCUUCGGCAUCGCGUUGCCCUUGGUAUUCGAUUUUACGCCCACAUCGUUUUCUGGGCAAAAACAGAGUCUUUUGAGGGGAAAAUGGCGAACGGGUUAGAGAGAGAAAGUGGGUCGACGAUAUUCAGCGAGGAGGAGCUGAGAGAGGUGUGUGGGGUGAAGCGUCUUGGGGACUAUGUCGAAGUCAUGUGCGGUUGCACGAGCCAUAGAUAUGGUGACGCUGUUGGAAGGCUUAGGGUUUUCGUAACUGGGUACCUUGAAAUCACUUGUGAAUGCACCCCAGGUUGUCAAGAAGACAAGUUGACUCCUUCUGCAUUUGAGAAACACUCUGGAAGAGAGACUGCCAGGAAAUGGAAGAAUAAUGUCUGGGUAAUUAUUAAUGGUGAGAAGGUUCCACUGUGUAAAACAGUUCUGCUCAAAUACUACAAUCAGGUGUCAAAAACUGCAAAUGGCUCCCAUAGAUCCCAAAAUGGCCGGGCUUGUCACCGAGAUGAGUUUGUUCGCUGCUCUAGGUGCAACAAAGAGCGUAGGUUUCGUCUGAGGACUAAAGAGGAAUGCCGCAUUCACCAUGAUGCUUUGGCAGAUGCAAAUUGGAAAUGUUCUGAUCUUCCAUAUGACAAAAUUGCAUGUGAUGAUGAAGAGGAAAGAGCAAGUCGUAGGGUUUACAGGGGAUGCACUCGUUCUCCAACAUGCAAAGGUUGCACUUCUUGUGUGUGCUUUGGCUGUGAUAGCUGCCGCUUUUCAGAUUGCAGCUGCCAGACUUGUGCUGACUUCACAAACAAUGCCAAAGCUUGA